UCAUGUGGUUUGUUAACACAAAAUCGCAUAAUUUCUAAUUGUCAGCAGAGACAACUCAGAGACUCAUUCAAUUUCAAGGUGAAGAUGAUGAUAGUUGAAGGUGGGUUUGCGGAGAUGUUGAUUAAGGUGUUGAUGUUCGCAAUUGUUCAAGCUUUGGUUUAUCUCAUCCUUUCUAAAUCAUCAAACAUCUUCUCCAAAUCCAAUUACAAGAGAUCUCAUAGUUUCAAACCAGCUCGCUCCGUUAGUAUUCGAAGGAUGCUUGCUGCUCUCCAAGACUUGCCUCCAGGUGGAGAGCCAUCGCCUUCUUCAAAAUCACCAAAUCAAGAUCAUCCAACUGCGUCUUAAUAAUUAAUUAGGAGGCAGCUGGGCAUACACAAAUAUUAGGAGAUUGGUGUGCUUGUUAAUAUGUAUGUAAAUUUUUAAGCGAUAUUUUUUGGUUGCUUGUAGGCAACGUGAAAUUAGAGCAUUCUUAAUUGUAAGGUUUUAUUUAUUUAUUUAUACAGAGAUUAUAAUAUAUUUGUUGAGUAA